UUUGGUGUUGGUUAUUUAAUGUUUAAGUUAUAGGCAGUAUGAUAAACAUUGGUUAUCUCUCUCUCUCUAACUGAAAUGAUAGAUUUUAAAUUAACUUAUUAUUAUAUUUAAUUAUUUAAAACUGUUUAAUGAAAUAAAACCAUUAACUUUUAUUUGGCUAGUCGUAGAAACCCAAUCCCGGUACUCGGUACCGUAUUUUUCCUGAAAGAGGAAAUCUAAAUAAUGCGUGAGGGUAUGGCCCUAGCAUGGCAACCACAAGAAGAAGGUCUUCGACAGAUAUUGAAUUUGUUAAAAGAAUCACAGUCGCCUGAUACAGCUACUCAACGUGCUGUUCAACAAAAAUUGGAGGAGUUGAACAAGUAUUCAGACUUCAACAACUAUUUAAUAUUUGUCCUGACAAAACUUAAGUCCGAAGAUGAGCCAACAAGAUCUUUAAGUGGACUGAUUUUGAAAAACAACGUUAAGGCACACUUUCACAAGUUUCCUCCUGAAGUGGCAGAAUUCAUAAAGUCAGAAUGUCUCGACAGUGUAGGAGAUCCUUCUCCUCUAAUACGUGCUACAGUAGGGAUUCUCAUAACCACUAUAGCUUACAAGGGAGAACUGACAAACUGGACAGAACUUCUUCCUCGCCUAUGUCAGAUGCUAGAUUCAGAAGAUUACAAUGUUUGUGAGGGUGCAUUUGGAGCUUUGCAAAAGAUCUGUGAAGAUUCAGCAGAGGUAUUGGAUAGUGAAGCUUUAGAUCGACCAUUAAACAUUCUCAUUCCAAAGUUCUUGCAGUUCUUUAAACACAGCAGCCCGAAGAUAAGAUCUCAUGCAAUUGCCUGUGUCAACCAGUUUAUCAUCAGCAGAACUCAGAUAUUAAUGAUGCAUAUAGAUCAGUUCCUGGAGAAUCUAUUCCACUUGGCUUCAGAUGAAGAUCCAGAAGUGAGGAAGAAUGUGUGCCGAGCUUUAGUCAUGUUGUUGGAAGUCCGUAUGGAUCGUCUAAUUCCACACAUGCAUAGCAUCAUAGAAUACAUGUUGAUGAGGACUCAAGAUUCAGAUGAUGGAGUAGCUCUGGAAGGGUGUGAGUUCUGGCUGUCUCUAGCUGAACAACCUAUCUGUAAGGAUGCAUUAACACCACAUUUGCCACGUCUCAUCCCAGUGCUAGUCAGAGGAAUGAAGUACAGUGAAAUAGAUAUUAUUCUGCUGAAGGGGGAUGUUGAAGAUGAUGAAAUGAUACCAGAUCGUGAAGAAGAUAUCAAACCGAGAUUUCAUAAAUCUAAAACUCAUAGUCAGAAACACAUGGAUGACAAUGUAGAGGAAGAUGCAGAUUCAGAAGAUGGAUUAGAUGAUGAUAAUUCAUUAUCAGACUGGAAUUUAAGAAAGUGUUCAGCAGCAGCACUUGAUGUACUUGCUAAUGUGCUCCAUGAAGAACUUCUACCUGUGCUUCUCCCCAUCCUUAAAGAAACCCUCUUCCAUCAGGACUGGGAAAUCAAGGAGUCGGGGAUUCUGGCUCUUGGUGCAAUAGCUGAAGGUUGCAUGAAUGGUAUGGUUCCACAUCUUCCUGAGCUGGUUCCAUACCUGAUUACCUGUCUAAAUGACAAGAAAGCUUUAGUUCGAUCAAUCACUUGUUGGACUCUGAGUCGUUACUCCCACUGGAUUGUAGGCCAACCUCACGACAUGUUCCUCAAACCUCUAAUGACUGAGUUGUUGAAAAGAGUGCUGGAUCCCAAUAAAAGAGUGCAAGAGGCAGCCUGUAGUGCUUUUGCCACCUUGGAGGAGGAAGCAUGUACAGAACUUGUUCCAUAUCUUGCUUUUAUUUUGGAGACACUGGUUUUUGCAUUCAACAAAUAUCAGCACAAAAACUUGCUGAUUCUGUAUGAUGCUAUUGGAACUCUGGCUGAUUCUGUUGGGCAUCAUUUAAACAAGCAGGAAUAUAUCAACCUUUUGAUGCCUCCCUUAAUUCAGAAGUGGAAUGUUCUAAAAGAUGACGACAAGGAUCUCUUCCCUUUAUUAGAGUGCUUGUCCAGUGUUGCAACAGCUUUACAGUCAGGGUUUCUUCCAUAUUGUGAACCAGUUUUCAAACGUUGCGUAUCUCUUGUUGAACAGACACUCAAUCAAAAUAUGGCUAAUGCAGCACACCCAGACCAGUUUGAGGCACCAGAUAAAGAUUUCAUGAUAGUAGCUUUGGAUCUGCUUAGUGGUCUAGCAGAGGGUCUUAACGGUCACAUGGAACAGUUGGUAUUGUCCAGCAACAUUAUGCAGCUUCUGUUCCAGUGUAUGCAAGAUCCAAUCCCAGAAGUCAGACAAAGCUCAUUUGCUCUUUUAGGUGAUCUCAGCAAAGCAUGUUUUCAACAUGUAAAUCCAUGUAUCUCGGACUUCAUGCCUAUUCUUGGUCAGAACCUGAACCCAGAGUUUAUUUCUGUCUGUAAUAAUGCAACCUGGGCCAUUGGUGAAAUAUCUGUUAAACUUGGUAAUUCAUGUUCAGACAUGAAACCAUAUGUUCCGAUGGUUUUGAAUCAGUUGGUUGUAAUAAUCAAUAAACCAAACACACCUAAAACACUACUAGAAAACACGGCCAUAACAAUCGGUCGCCUUGGUUACGUAUGUCCUGAGGAAGUCGCUCCUAUGUUACAGCAGUUUAUACGCCCGUGGUGUGCUUCCCUUCGUAACAUUCGAGAUAAUGAAGAAAAAGAUUCUGCUUUCCGGGGAAUUUGUAGUAUGAUUGGAGUAAACCCUGGAGGUGUAGUGCAAGACUUCAUCUUCUUCUGUGAUGCAGUGGCGUCUUGGGUCAGUCCCAAGGCUGAUCUUAAACAGAUGUUUUAUGAGAUUUUUCAUGGUUUUAAAAACCAAGUUGGUGAGGCUAACUGGAAGAGAUUUUCAGAACAAUUACCAGCCCCUCUGAAGGAAAGAUUGUUGGCCAAUUAUGGUGUCUGAAGCUGAGGACUUGCUGCAAAACCACUGAAAAUGUCAGGAGGACAAGUGUCGCAAGUGGUGAAGCCCUGUGAGGACAAGGAAAUUCUUCGUGCUUAGGGUUGGGUGGGGAAUCAGUCUGAUAAAGGGGAAGAGGGAUGGGAUGUUAGGUUAAGAAAUUGCUUCGUUGUGUAAUUUAUAGGUAGUCUACAAGAUUAUUAGACUACAGUAACAGUUUUAUAGGUAAUGCUUAUUACUGGGUGUGAUAUAACUUGCCAUAAAUAUACUUUUUGUGGAUAAGUUAAUUAUUGCAGUAGAAACUACUAAAUGCUAUCUACAUGUUGCAUUUCUGGUUCGAAAUACAGAUUCUUAAGACAUCUCAACAACUAAGUUCUUGUUUUAAGAGUCACUAUUAAACUAAGUUUAAAUUAGCAGGCAAGAAACUUUCUGAGGAACUUCUCUGUUUUUAUUUGAGAUUACUGUCUCCAAGGGAAUAUCUAAAGCUUGGAUAGUAAAACACUUUGUAAAGUAUGUUUCCAUUAAUUGGUCCAAAGAUAAUUAGGCAAACUUUAGACAAAUAGAAAGUCCAGUCUGUUAUGAGUGAAUAUAACAACUCCCUUAAUAAUAGUUUCUCGGAAAGUACUUGUGUUUGUUGCCUCUUUUUUUGUGCGAAUAACCUCAUCCUCACUUAGUUUUGAUUUCUCGUGUUGUUUGCAUGGUGACGUUAAGUGCCUUAUGUUCCUAUCUUGUUCCCCCUUAGCACACUGUCGGGAUAAGGGGAACAAAGUGGGUAAGGGAGGUGUGCUCAACUCGCGUAAAGUUUUUUUAUUCCAGGGGAGAUAGAUGAAUAAAUGAUAAUUAAAGGCAGGGAAAAAAUAACUUGUCAAAGGUAGC